AUGUACUUCCCAGCCGCCGCCUCGCUCGUCAGCCUUAUCCUCCUCCCCGCCACUCUGGGUAUGGCGAUCGACCCCCACAGCGUCCAUGCCAGGGACCUCGAAGGGAGGGCAGACUUGACUGUUCAGCCGCAAUGCAAUGGCGGGUCUCUAAGUGCGCACGAUUGUAACGUCGCGCUACUCUCCUUGGGAGGAGGUAUCCAAGGUGCUAUCCAGUUCCUCCGGGUGGAUGCUACUACCAACUCUUCCUCCAGUAACGGUUGUACCAUGACCGUCACCGCCGCUGAUGGUGGAACUGCCAUCGACAUUAGCAAGGGCAGAUUGGAGCAAGCGCAAAAGGCUGCUAUUGACAAGUGCGGCCAGCAGGCUUGGACGGUGACUGCUACUGGAGGCAGUACGGGCGGUAAUCUCAAGAUUGAGCAGUCGGCAGAUGCGGGUAGCAAUGCUGCUGUGACUGCAGCAACCUCGGGCUGUUCUUCGUGA